GGGGCGACAGGCGCUCGCGGCCGCGAAGAGGCGCGAGCACGCGGAGAGUUGUUGCGAAAACGCCGCCGACGGAUCGGGGAACGCUGUCGAUGCGAAACUAUGCCAUGCGUGAGAGGGAUUUUUUGAGGAGUGGAUAGUGUCGGUAGACGCUCGUGGGAUGCGGGGACGAGCACCGGAAGGCCACGGUAGAUGCGAGGAGUCGGGGAAACGUCGCCGGCGCGAUGGGGAGCGAGGGCGCGUUUCCGGCGCAAGUGAGAUGCUCGCGAAGGCAUGGAAUGGAGGCACCCACGCACCUCCCUAUCCGGACUCUGCGGGAACGGCGUCGUGAUAGGGGGACCAUACCGCACGCGCUUUCACCCCCAUUCAAGUUGUCCCCACGUCUGGAGAAGGGGGAGACUAUGCUGGCGCGCACGCACCCUCACGCCGGAUGCCCCCGCCUCCCCGCUCUCACGCCGGCCGUCCCCACGCCCUCGUCACGAACGCCGUCUUCACGACAGGGAAGACUAUGCCCCCCGCUUACCCGCCCCCACGAACGAAGGAGGGGGAGACUAUGCCGGUAUGCGGCGCGGCGCGUCGUUAACCCUAAUCCCGCUCUCGCGCUUUCUGACGUGGGAGGUGUACAACGAGUUGAGCCAGAUGUUAGCAACCUGUAAGCGAUGUCCUCGACCCUCCCACCCUCCCCCUUCGACGUGGGGGCGACGAACAAGGUUUUCGACGACGACGUCUUCAGGCGCCCUCUUUCGCGCCGCCCACCCCAUGCGCCCCCUUCCGCGCCAUCCGAGCCCAUCGCACCUUACCACGCCCCACCCACAUCGGCCAAGAUGUGCUUCGUCAAGACGAGCACUUUACAUCAUCUCCAGUGAGUCUCCCGCCUAUCGCCUCUUCCGUCCCCCACAUCUCUCCUUCUCGUCUUGUUCUAUACCUCCUUCCCCCCUCCCCCCUUCCUCCUUCUUCCUCUUUGCUCAUUAGCUAUCUUUCGCAUCCCCUCCUUCGCGUCCCUCCCCUCCUCAUUUCCCUUCCCCUUCCAUUUCGCUUCGCCCCUCCCCUUCGCCUCGCCUCGCCCCCUCCCACCCCCUUCCUUUUGUUCUACCCCCUCGCCUUCGCGUCGCUCCUUCCUUCCCCGCUCCCCUUCGCCUCCCCCCAUUCCCUUCGCCUCCCCUUCAUUCCCA